AUGGCGGACUCUACCCCCACAAAGCCAAAGUCUGUUCUCGCCGAGCGCUACCAAGUGCCCUCUGAGCAACUCACCGACGGCGAGGUGACCCUUCGCCGGUGGCACCUCCCCGACGCGCCCGCCCUCCUCGCCGCCGCCUCCGCCUCCCUGCCCGAGCUCCAACGCUGGAUGCCCUGGGCCGCCCACGGCUACACGCUCGACGACGCGACCAGCUUCCUGCGCGUCGCCGUCGCCGACUGGGACGCGGGCCGCGGCUACAACUACGCCGUCGUCGUGGACGGCCGCGUGCUCGGGUCCUUUGGGCUCAUGGAGCCUGCGAGCGGCGCGGUGGGCGUGGGCAUGGGGUACUGGCUCGCGACGGAGGCGACGGGCCGAGGGCUGGCGACGAGGGCGGCGGGGAUGCUGACGCGGGCCGCGUUUGAGUGCGGCGCGGAGCUGGUGCAGAUCUGGCACCGGGUGGAGAACGCAAGGAGCCGCGCGAUACCGGAGAGGUUGGAGUAUCGGUUCGUCGGCGAGCGCGAGGACCUGCAGAUCUCGGAGCGUGGAGCAAUGGGCCUCUGGCAAAAGGAUAAGCCAGAGGCGUAG